GACCAACAACACCCAGAGUCCGAUCAUUUCUGUUCACAGUCACAGACUCCGUUUAGAGAGAGAGAGAGAGAGAGGAGAACCCAGCUCUUGUUUUCUGUUUGGUUGCUCAGAAGACUGAAAUGGGUAUUUCUGAAUUGGUGCGUUCUAUUGAUUGGGAGCAUGAAUCAUACCCAGAAUAUCAACAUUUCGCAGUCCUUCCCUUCUUUGCUCUGUUCUUCCCAACUGUUCGUUUCUUUCUCGACAGAUUUGUAUUUGAGAAAGUAGGUAUACGAUUGAUAUUUGGGAAAGGACAGCAGACGAUAGCUGUUGAGACAUAUGAGAAAAAAAAGAAGAUACGGAAGUUUAAAGAGUCGGCAUGGAAAUGUGUGUAUUACCUUUCAGCAGAGCUUCUGGUGCUGUCUGUGACUUAUGACGAGCCAUGGUUCACUAACACAAGCUAUUUCUGGGUGGGGCCUGGAAAACAGGCCUGGCCUGACCAGAAAAUUAAGUUGAAAUUGAAAGCAGUAUACAUGUACGCCGCUGGAUUCUAUACAUACUCCAUAUUUGCUUUAAUUUUCUGGGAAACAAGGCGCUCUGACUUUUGGGUGUCAAUGACCCAUCACAUUGCAACUCUCAUUCUAAUUUUGCUUUCUUACAUAUUGAGGUUUGCUCGUGUUGGCUCGGUUAUUUUAGCUCUUCAUGAUGCUACUGAUGUAUUUCUGGAAGUAGGGAAGAUGUCUAAAUACCGUGGGGCGGAAACUCUAGCUAGUGUUUCGUUUGUUCUUUUUGCUUUGUCUUUUACCCUACUUCGCGUCAUUUACUAUCCAUUCUGGGUGCUCUGGAGUACCAGUUAUGAAGUUCUCCUGACCUUAGACAAGGAAAAGCACAAGGAGGAUGUAUCAAUUUACUAUUACGUGUUCAAUUCUCUUCUUUAUUGCUUGCUUGUUCUUCACAUUUAUUGGUGGGUGUUGAUGUGUCGAAUGCUCGUCGAACAAAUACAAGCAAGAGGCCAACUUGGGGAGGAUGUUCGAUCUGACUCUGAAGGUGAAGACGAACACGAAGAUUGAUCACUAUAGUAAUUUGCAGUUAUGGCUUGAUAUGCGUGAAGGUACCGUGAAGUCUAUAAGAAGGCAUUUUCGGCAUUAGUAUUAUUCAUCGUCACCACACUAACUAAGAAUCACAGCUAUGUCUAUUAGCCUCAUGUAUCCAUGCCGGACACCUACAGACAGGGGCGGAGCUAUGUUGGCGCCCCAGCGGUGCUCCCCGAGUUUUAAAAUUUUUAUUUUGUAUAUACCUGAUUUUGAAUAUUAUUGAGAAUUAUUCGUGUAUAGAUAAUUAUAAUCUUAAUAAUUUUGGUUUGAUUUGAUAAAAAAUCGGUUAUUUUAUAUUCUCAUUUCUCAAUUUCUUUCAUAAAUAAAAAAUAAGUACGUGACUGUUGAAGU